AUGACAUGCAAUGAAAAUUUCCUAGGAAAAUUAUCGAAUGAUAUUGAUCAAGACUUAUCGAACCGUAAUGAAUUUUUGCAAACGAACGUGACGUCAAUACAAAAAAAAUCUACGCCGUUUAUGAAACGACAUUUUCCAUUUGGAUUUCGUGAUGAAGCAUUAGCGUUAGUUAAAAUUACUUUUCCAUUCGCAUUGGGAAAUGUUCUUUCAACAUGGCUGAUUUCAUUUGUUUCACUGGCAUUUAUAGGUCAUGCACACGGGCAAAUAGAAUUCAAUGCCUGUGCUUUAGCUUACUCGACGUAUAUUCUUAUUGCAAAUUCAUUAAUGCUUGGACUGAAUUUUGGUUGUGAUACUUUAUUACCUCAAUGUUUCGGUGGAAACAAACGCAAAAUGGGUUUAACUAUACAACGAGCUGCUAUUAUAACCGGAUAUUCUUGUUUUAUCUUUUGGCCAUUACUACUGAAUGCGAAAUAUGUAUUAAGAUAUAUUGAACAUGAUCAACGAGUUGUUCGACUGGCUGACAAAGUAUUACGUUUAUUUCUAUUUACUGUUCCAUUGGAUGGCUUAUCUAUGUUACUGCAAAAAUAUAUUGCAUCAAAUGAAAAAACCUGGCCGUUAUUAAUCAUUAAUUUAAUUGGUAAUGCUGUCAAUGUACUUUCAAAUUAUCUUUGCUUAUAUGAAUUUAAUAUGAACACACGUUCGCUACCAAUAUCAAUUACAAUUUCGUAUGUUGCAAUUGUAUUAUGUGCAUCGUUUUAUAUUCGAUUUUCAUCAAUUUAUAAGGACACAUGGCAUCCAAUAAGUCGAUCAUGCCUAAAUGAAUGGAAUAUUUAUUUGAAAUUAUCAGUACCGGGUAUAUUCAUGAUUAUGACAGAAUUUUGGUCUAUUGAAUUAAGUAUGUUAUUUGCUGCUCAUCUCAAUGUUGAUUCACUAUCUGCACAAACAUGUGCUUAUCAAACAGCAUGGCUAGUUUAUUCAAUAACAGCAUCGUUUGCUACAGCAGCUAAUAUACGCAUUGGACAAUUUUUAGGUAGUGGAAAACCUAACGAAGCAGCUAAUGCAAAGAAUGUUACCUAUGUAAUUGGUGCUGUGGUUAUUUUUAUUAAUAUAUGUUUAAUUGUAAUUUUUCAUCGUUGGUUUCCACUUGCAUAUAAUACAAAAGCUGACGCAUUGACACUUGCUCGACGCACUCUUUUGUUAAUUGGCUUUAUGCAAUUAUGGGAUGGUUACAAUGUUAUCAAUACUGGCAUUGUUAAAGCUUGUGGAAAACAAAAACGUAGUGCCAUGAUAUCGUUUCUCGGAUUUUAUGUAUUUGGCAUUCCUUUUGCAGCUUUCUUAAUGUUUUCUGUUCGUAUUGAUAUAUAUGGAUUUUGGAUUGGUGUUAUAAUUGCUGAAACAGUUACUAAUAUUUUUUUAUUUCUAUUGAUAUAUCGCUUCAAUUGGGAAAGUCAUGCAAAAGCAGCACUUGUACGAAUUCAAUUCAAUACAAAUAAUAUUUCUAUUGUUACGACUGUGGAUGGAGAAUGUCAAGACACGAAAAUAAAUUCUAGAAACGACGCAGAAGAAAUUAUUCCGAUGGAAUCAAUAGGACUAAAAGUUUUAGUGCUAUUAUUAUUUAUUCUGUUCUUUAUUGCUGGUAUUAUAACUUCAAAAUAG